UGGGUUCUGCCGGAGGCGCGCCGGAUCGCGGCGGCCGCCAACAUGGCCGAGACGAGCGAAGAGGUGGCGGUGCUGGUGCAGAGGGUGGUGAAGGACAUCACCAACGCCUUCCGCAGGAACCCGCACAUAGAUGAAAUUGGCCUGAUCCCAUGCCCCGAAGCGAGAUAUAACCGGAGUCCCAUAGUCCUGGUUGAGAACAAACUCGGCGUGGAGAGCUGGUGUGUCAAGUUCUUAUUGCCGUAUGUCCACAACAAGCUCCUUCUGUACAGAACAAGAAAGCAGUGGCUGAACAAGGAUGAACUGAUCGAUGUCACCUGUACUCUUCUGCUUCUCAACCCAGACUUCACCACUGCAUGGAAUGUGAGGAAAGAGCUCAUCCUCUCUGGUACUUUAAGUCCAAUUAAGGACCUGCAUCUGGGAAAAUUGGCCUUAACUAAAUUUCCAAAGAGUCCAGAGACAUGGAUUCACAGGCGCUGGGUGCUGCAGCAGCUAAGCCAGGAAACUUCCCUGCCUUCCUCUGUGGCCAAAGGACACUUAGGAACAAUUCCUGCAGAGAGGAUACAGAGAAUAAUACAGGAGGAGAUGGAAGUGUGUAGUGAGGCAGCAGGGAGGUAUCCUAGCAACUACAAUGCCUGGUCCCAUCGCAUCUGGGUCUUACAGAACGUGGCCAAGCUGGAUCUCAAGAUCCUUCUUGACGAACUGUCUUCUACUAAGCACUGGGCGUCCGUGCACGUUUCAGACCACAGUGGAUUUCACUAUCGCCAGUUUUUGCUGAAGUCUUUGAUUAGCCAGACUGCGAUGGACAGUUCUGUCCCGCAGCAAAACUCUUUGAAAAGUGAAUCAAAAGAUGAAGAAGCAGCAGUUUCAACAGAGGAACCAAGAGUGAAUCUUCCCCAGCUCCUAGAAGAAGAGGUAGAAUUCUGCACAGAUCUUAUUGAUUCUUACCCAGGACAUGAAACCCUUUGGUGUCAUAGGCGGCAUGUUUUCUACCUUCAACAUCACCUAAACGGUAGGCUUCCUCCCAGCUUGACUCCCAUGUCACCGGCAGACUGCUCAGGGGGGCCUUUGAAUGACUUGCACCUGGUUCCAGCAAGCCCUCAACUAUCUCAGGCAAUGGAAGUGGAUGGGCUGAAUGACUCUGGCAAGCAAGGCUAUUCCCAGGAAACUAAGCGCCUGAAGCGGACACCGGCUCCAGACUCCCUAGGCCUAGAGAUGGAGCACAGGUUCAUUGAUCAAGUACUGUCCACUUGCCGGAACGUAGAGCAAGCCAGGUAUGCCAAUGCAUACCGAAAGUGGCUGGUGACUUUGAGUCAGUGAAAGGGGUGGGUUCAUCCCAAGGAAUUCCCUUUAGUGCAAUAUUGCUUUCCUUUCUCAAUGCCAUAGUUGCAUGAACCGACUAGCUAACUAUGUAUUCUUCAUCUAUAGCUUAAGUCUGUAAGAACCUUUUGUUUUAUUUAUUUUGUUAAGCGCCGGCAUUCCUUUGGGCAUAAAACAAUUGUAUAGUUCCUUCCUGCUAAACAGUGUCUUAACUUUUUUUUUCCUUUUGAUUCCAUGCCCUUUAUAUUUUGAUAUUUGGGCUUCUCAUUUGGUUCUUGAGAUUGGUUCACAUAUUUUACUCACCUCAGUUCCGUUGCUACAUAGGCAGUUUCUUUAAAAAUUGAAAAUUUAUGUUGCGGUCCAGCUUAAGAAUACUAAUGCAUAUGCAGAAGGACUUGAACUAAUUGCAGUUUUGAGAAUAAAAUGGCUGGCUGGCUGGAUGUGAAAAUGUAAGCCACUUCUUUCUCAAGCAUGUUCUCCAGGUAUCCACUAAGAGAACCAAAGCCAGGAGUGUUAGAAUUUAUAUAGAAAAAAAAUGCUUCCAAUGUAAUCUAUUUUUAAAUGAUUAUUUAAAAGAAACUAAACUAAUUUAAGAGUUUAUGUAAUUGUAGUACUGAAAAAUUAUUUUUAUUACUAGUUUUGAUAGAUUGUUUUUACCUCAUAUUUGGUAUAUGCCAAAACAGCAAGUCAGCCCUUAUAAAAUAAAUUUUUUUAAAAAACCCACAAAUGCCAUUUUUAGUUAUUACUAGUUUUCUCCUAAAAUCACUCAUGAAAAAUGGGAGAAACCUACAUAGAAACAUAGUCCUGUAAAGCUUUCUUUUUAAAAAUGUAAGUUACUGAGAUUAUACUGGAUAGACUGCAAACCUUUUUCACGUGGCUAGUCAGAAUUUACUGGCAAAAUCUAGGGAGAAAGACUAGUCUUGAGCAUUAGUUCAGUUUUUACUUUUGAAAUGAAACAACACACUUUGAUACUAAAUUCAUCAGGGAUAAGUACCAAAGUCCACGCUAUAGCUGUAUCUCAAUAACAAGGGCUGUGUUUUUCAGGUUGGUGAAGCUGGGGUGGGAAUGAGCCAAGUACCGUCUCCGUCUUUAAUACACUGCCCCUUGGGUGAGCUGUGAUUCCUUUGUGUGUAUACCCUCUCUAUCUCGCCAGUCCAUUCCAUACCUUCCAUCAUACACUGGUCCAUAUUUUUUCUCCUGCAUCUUUUUUCAGGGAUGCCCACCGAAGCUGUUAUCUCUCAUAUAAUAGCUUAAUACCUAUCUAUAAACAUAAGUGUGAACAGGAAGUGCCCCUCUCAAAUUUCCUUUUAAUGGUUGUCUUGGUUAGGAUUUCUGUUGCUAUAAUGAAACACCAUGAGUAAAAGCAACUUGGAGGGGAAAAGGUUUAUUAUACUUACACAUCCAGGUAACAAAUAGUCCAUCACUGAGGGAAUUCAGGACAGUAAUUCAAACAGGGCAGGAGCCGAUGUAGAGGUCAUGGAGGACUGCUGCUUACUGACUUGCUCUCCAUGGCUUGCUCGCUUCUUACUAGCAGCCAGGAUCACCAGCCCAAAGGGUCACACCACUCACAGUGAUCUGGGCCCACUCCCAUCAAUCACUAAUGAAGAAAAUCCCCUCUAACCUUGUUUACAGCCAGAUGUUAAGGAUGCAUUUUCUCAAUUGAAGUUCUCUCUUCUCACAUGACUCUAGCUAGGGUCAAACUGACAUACAAAUAAGCCAGCACAAGGGUAGAAGCUGGCUCUUGUCCUGUAUACAUGUAAAAUGCAAAUGAUGAUGACAGAAAUGAGCCCAGCCCUUGUGUUUCCCCUUUUCACACUUGGUAAUGUAUAGGUAGGUUGAGGGACAGGGAAAAGCAAGCCUCUCCUUUCUUGCUCUAGAGGACACUAGUACUUGAGUUAGACAUAUUGCAUUAAGAGAAAAGAAACAAACUUUUACUGGGCAUUAUGGUCUUACUGAGUGGCAGACUGCUGAGCUGGGUGACACUUAGGAAACCAGGAAAAAAAAAAUUUCUACUGGCCUCAGUAGAUAGAUCUUGCUCUCCUGGGGCAGAGUUAUUUUUUACUAUUUUAUAGGAUUUGGAUAAUAAAAUACUUGCCAUUAUGAACAUAGUUCCACAGCCUUCUAUAUGCAAAGCAUAUUUGGAAUCAUCAGAUACCUCAGGUUCUAUGUGGACCUCAAUAGGGAAACCAUUACAUGAUGUUUAGCUCCUCUGAGAUUGAGUAGAAAUGACACAGAAACGUACAAGCGACACAGCAGUUCCUGCUGCUGAAUCCUGUCUUUACUCAGUAUUGCCUUUUUUUCUCAGCAUCAUUUUUAGUUUCCCAAGUAAUAGGGCUUAUAUUUGAUGUAAUAUAUGUUAGGACAUGAACAUAAGCUAUGCUUUAUGAACAUCAGCUAAAUUUUUGCAGUGUUCCAUGUCUUCUAAGGCUCAGCUCAUGCCUUCCUGAAGCUGUGGAGUCCUCUAAUAUAUCAUGGUUUCAUCUUCCUAGUAGGUAGUAAAAAUGCAGAUAUCUGACAGAUCCUGUUUCUAUGUGGGUUUUGCAUGCUACAUUUUGAAAUUAGCAUCUCCAAGUGUUCGUUCAGAGGACUUAGAAUUUCCUGAUAUGUUUUCCCUAAGUGUUUGGCAUUUACCGUCAAUAGCAAGCUACUGUGUUUUUGACCAAAUGAAUUCAUGCAGUAGAAAAAUUAUGUAUAAUCUAGGGGCUUGUUUAGUCAUAUUCUUCUGCACAUAUGUUGCUGUUAAAAGGAAAAGAUAGUUUAGUUUAGAUUGGCACUUUGCAUCUGAUUUUUACUCCUCUAUGAAUCAAGAAAACUACUGACACACAAAAAGCAGUAAGAUCUUUUACUACAACCCCGCUGUAUCUGUUUUUUUGUUUUGUUUUGUUUUAGGUCUGUCUGUUUUGGUAAUUGUAUUGCCAGAUUAUAUACAUAUGCCCUACACAUUAUGAAGACUUAGUAACUAUUAAGUUAAUAACUAAUUAGCUCUCUAAGGGAAGGAUUGGUCACGAAUGGCGGAAUAAUGAUCAGGAAAUUAAUGAAUUGUGAGUGAGUGAUGUGGGCUAGCUUUGUCACUCGCUAGGAGAGCUCCCACAUGUAAACUUAGUGAGAAUUAGACUUGGUGUCUUCAUGACUUUGUUUGGACUUGGUGACUCUCAGUCAUGAGAUGGAACUCUAGAAUUCUUUUAGCUGUCCUUUGUCUACACAUCCAUUUGGUAAAAAUACUGUUUUCUUUCACUAGAUGACGUUGAGCAGGUCGUGCAUAAAGAACCAGCGGCACAUUUGAGCUGCUGGAAUAAUUCUUGUACUUUAGAGACUUGUUGAUUUGUACGUUUGUACGUGAAUUAUGCUGAUCCCCAACUUGAACUGUGGACCUUUUAGGUACUCCUUGAACCUGUGUGUGUCCUUUUUUAAGCCUAAGGAUUUUAUACCUUCUUUAGAAGCUCUGGGCCAAGACGUUCACUAACCACAUUUCUUCUGUUAUGGCACAGUUCUAACUUAAGCUAAAUGCUUCAUUAAUUCUUUCCUUUUUGUUUUGCCGGUGCUGAGGCUCAAGCUCAUAUUUGUUAAUCAGUUAUAGAAUUAAAUAUAUACAUAUUAUCACCAAAAGCCACUUAUAGUUUCAAGUAAGGGCUAUGUAACAUACAAUGUAGAAGCCAGAUUUUGAGUUUAAAUGCAGCAGUCUGUAGAAAGCAUAUGUGGUAGACAUUAUCAUUUAGAUAAUGUUCAGAUCCUCUCAGUUCAUACUGUGUGUGUGUGUGUGUGUGUGUGUGCGCGCGCGCGCGCGCAUGCAAGAGUAUGUCUGUAGAACUUGCUACAAAUUGUCAGUCUUGCAGUUUUCUCUUACAUAGCAAAGGGCAGUGUCUGAUGUGGGCCAAAUGAAUUGUCGGAGUGGAAUGACUACCAUUCAGGCAUCUUAGCUGGCUCCCUAAGUCAGGGAAGAUUCAGCUGUAAAAUAAAUAAUGGAUAAUCCCCGCCCCCCCCCCUUUUUCCCUAAAAAGCUCUUUGGGCUUACUGUUAUUUUCCCACUAGAAAAUUGUACCUUAAAUUUUUAAAAUGCUUUAUUCUAAGGUUUUUGAACAUUGUAAACAUCAUAUCUUUGUCUUAAAACUGCAAACCCUAGCAGUAUGUCUACCCUGCACACACAGUCUGUAAUGAGAAGCACGUUGGGGUGCAUACUGGGAAAUUUCAGCAAACUCAGGUUCAUAGAAUCAUUGAGAAAGAAAAAGCCACCCCAAGAAUUCCACAUACUAUCACACAGUGUCUUCUUUAGAUAACUGUACAGUGUGUUAUCUUGAGUGCCUUUCCAACUUCAAUGUGUGGCACAGGGUUAGCUUACACUGAAUGCUUGUGUUUAGGCAGUAAGAAGCGUAGACAUUUUGUCAGCUCAUUAUGACAAUGAAGUAGAAUUCUGAUGGGAGAAGAUAGGACCGUUUGAGUUGUAUUUCAUUAAUUGGCAAUUUUUAAAUGCCCUAUCAAGAAUACCAAGACUUAGAAUUCAUUCUUUCUCUUUGACAAGUAAUGUUUUCAGCUUUGGAAGCAUUUACAAAUACAGGGCAGUGUGCGCACAAUUAGAGACACACGAAAGUCUUGCAGCCUCUGCUUGAAGGGAAGUAGGCAUCUUGGUGCACGUAGAGAUCAGGAUCAAGGGGACCUUUGCCUUAUUCUGAGGACCUGCCUUAUCCCCCAAAUUCAGGUAUGGGGAAAAUAGUUAAAAGGGGGAAAACGGGACUGGCUAAUACCAAAAGAAAAGUGGUAAACGCUAAAACAAAAUUUCAAUUUUUCUGUAUUUAUGUGUGGAAGGGGAGGGCAGGACUGGCGUACUUCAUGAUAGCAAAUAGUUUUUCAUUAUGAUUUCUUAAAAAUCUGUAGUUAAGAUUCCAAAGUGUUUUGCAGAGGAUUCCUAAAUACUGUAUCUCUGUUUGUUUGAGUUCAUAAUUGACGCAGAAACGAAUGUGUCCUGUGUAGAUUUAGGAUUGGAGGGGAAUUCUCAGGCUCCCAAAUUCUUUACCCUCUCAGGCCACCCCUGUUACCACAAAACAACCAGAGACUGUUGGCUUAAAAAUAAAUGGCGAUUAAGGUGAUCUGCUGAUGAAAGGGUUUGUGUUAAAAGAUAUUAGCUGUAUGUAGUUUGUGCUUUCUGAACAAGAGCACAAGCCACAAAACUGACCCUGACAUUUAUUAGUCUGUUGUUGCUCCUCAGGGUGUAGAAGAUUUAAUCAAUUUAGAACACUUUAUAUUCUGUGUCCAAAAAGAAAAGGCAAAGUAUGCAAAAUACAUUGCUAGCUAUUACUGUGCAAAAGCUAAUGCAUACCAUCUUGCUGCUGUCCUGUAGUUGAAAUUAUGAAUGUUAUCAUAAAUGUUGUUCGUGAAGAGAAUUUCUAUGUUAUGUUUCUACUUUGGGGAGGUGGAGGAGAUUGUAUUUUGUUUCCAUUGACAUUCUUAGUCUUUAAAAAUCAGAUUGAGGAAAAUAAUCACUGUUGUUUUGUAAACUGACAGCUGUUUGCUUCCUAAGACUUCUUUUCCUCUGUGAGUACGAGAUGCAAAACCCAGGCAGGUUCAGAACAUCACAUAAAGCUUCAUGUGUUGUGGGAAAUUAACAAAUCAGAACUGAUAAAUGCUGGAGAAGGAAUAUUGUUAGCAUAUCUCUAGCUUAUCAUUGUCUACAGUCUUAGUUUCAGGUGAGCUAUACUAUUUUGCAUGGAAUAUACAUUAUCAUGUUUAAAUAUACAAGGCAAGAUCCACAGUUGAAUAACAUGGCAAUCUAAGUUGAGGUUCUUUUUAAUUAUCAAAAUGUGUGUGCACGCAAAGUAUUUUUGCUUAAGGCAGUUUUCUUAACAGACAGCCUCCUCCAGAAAAGUUAGAAACUGGCAUAAAUGUCCUUUUGCCCUAUUUAAAUAUUUAUGAAAACGGAUUAGGUGUAUGGUGGUUUAUAAACCAUGUUAUUCUGUUUUCCCUCCGUAUUAUUAAGGAGGCAGCCUUUUUCUUAUGCCUAGCAAUCACAUCCCUAUGAGCACUGUGUGGGGUACAGCAGAUGAUCUGCUCAUGCUUUUGAAGCGAUGGAUAAUACCUAUGAGCUUGGUUGUUACUGUGCCGUGGGGAUGUGUGCUAACAUCGACUCCCACGCCACUCCCCUGGAAAUGUUCAUUUAUCCCCACACCCAAUGCGUGUGUUUGAGGCAGGCAGUCUCUUUGUUGCUUAAAGAAGUGGUGUAGAUGGAGUGCAAGUAUGAGCAGGUGUUCAGCAAGCACUUAGUCAGCUAUUGCUCUAGCACCAUGCUAACCUAGCUCUCUCCAGGGAGACUGGUGCCAUUCGUUAGACAAUGAAAAAUGUUACUGUGUGACAUGAAUUAUUACCCUUGUUUGUCUAGGCUGGAGUUAGAAACACAAUAAAGAUAUUUAAUAGAACCAUGAUAUGAAGACCAAGAAUUGGAAAAAGCAGUAUCUUCCUGUGCAAUGCCCCUUUAAUAAAUGUCUCUAAAUAUAGGCAGCUGAACUCUUUAAAGAGCUAUGCUGUCUCCUGCAUUCCAUUCAUGUAUUGGCAAAUCCAGUGCUUUCCAGCAGAGGCUCAAUUUUUAUUUGUCCCCAAUUCUCAGUUGCUUUCCAUUGUCUUAGAAUUGAUAAUGAUAAAAUAGGAAGUUACAUCAAGUAACUUCAUGUAAUUUUCUCAGAAUAUGUUUGAUAUGAGGAAGAAAUUUUUAUUGUAGUCUGGGUAUCCAUUCUGAGUUGUCCUGAUGCAAAAGAUUAAGCAGUUUUGAAACCAGCAUUCCUAUCUGGACUGUGAGGACCCAAGUGUGUAGUGCAAGUGUAAAUAGGGUGUGCCUUCGGGGAAGCUUGCUGCCGCAUGGCUGUCACUGGCUGUAGUCGGCUCUGGAGUUUGGAUGUAUUUCGUUCUAGGAGAGUAAUGACGUGUAUACCAGACUAGAUCGCAUACUGUUUCUGAGCUGAAAACAAUAAGAGAUGAAGUAUCCUAAGUACACCAAAUAUUUCUAUACUAAGAGGAAGACUUUUUAAAAGUAACAGCAACAACUUUUUCUAAAUACACGUUUUGGUAUGCUAGUUAAUUGCUUCGUUUAACAUUAUAAAACUGGGGGAUUUCCACAGCAAAGGACGAUCUUAGAUAUGAUACUGUACUAUCAGAAUUCUCUGUCUGUGUUAAGUUUACCUUGUUGGUAUUUUCUAAGAAGGGCAUUCGGUAGGCUGCAGUUAACAUUAGACAUCAGUGUGCUCAUGUGCACACCACGCUCACACUGUAUUGGUUUAGCUAGUUUGCUUAUUGGAGACACCUGUCUUCACUGAUAGGUAGCGUGUCCCCUGGUAUGGCAGUCUGCAUUGAGGUUCGUUUAGCUCUUAUGUAUAGCAAUCCACAGUUUUAAAAGGAUUAAGUCUCUUGAAAUGUAUACCCUGGAGGGGUAUAAGAAAAAAAUCUUGUAAAAAGGUAUGUGUGAAGUACACUUGUGGUAUUUGGGGGUGUAGUACCCCAGCAUGAUUAACUUAUGCUGAAUUCUAAGGUUACCACUUGGACUUUUGGCUAACAUUAGAUGUGAAUUUUAAGAUUAACAUAAUCAUGUAUUGUCUAUAGCUAUGGUGUUCAAUGGAAAUGUAACGUGAGCCACAAAGAAAUUAUAAUCUUCUAGUAGCAAUGUUUAAGAAGUGUAAUUAACUUUAAUGAUAUCUCUUAUUUAACUUAAUCUAUUAAAAUACUAUUUUAACAUAUAAUCACUAACAAAAUUAAGGAGAUAUCUAUCUCCUUUUUUUUUUUUAUAUUAGUCUUCAGAAUUCAGUGUGUGGUUUGCACACACUGACCCUCCACGCUGGCCAUGUUUCCUGUUCUCAGGCUCCACGUGUGUGGCUAGGUGCUGCUACAUCAGCAGUGCGGAUAGAUAGGGCACAGAGUAUAAAUCUGUUUCAUUUUGGAGGUCACAAGUGGACAAGGAAUUUCAGUCCUUUAAGGAUUGUUUAGAAAGAAAUCUAAUAGAGUUUUCCUUCACUUUAAUUUACAUUUGCCCUAGAAACUGGAUCAACCUGAUCCAGUUUGCCAAGCAUUAUUUGAAGAAAAAAAAAUAUUGUGCCAUGGAAAAUACCACACAUACUGUCAUAAGGUACUGAUGGUGCAGUAACAGCAGUUUUUAGUUUUCACUAAAGUCUGUCCUGUUUCUUCAAAGAUAGUAGCUUAAGUUGCAUGCUUACUGUAUUAUUUGUACCUGUUUGUUUUUAUUAUUCUUGUUAUAUAAUGAUACGUAUUAACCAGCAGCCCUAAGAUUCUAAUCUAUGCAGCCGUCUUCCAGAACACAAUGAUUUACUUACUAAAUCAUGAUAAAAGGCAGAGAAAUAGGAUCAACCAUCUCUUUUCCCAUUAGAUUUGUUUUUUAACAUGGGGCCAUGUACCAAACCAGCUGUAAAUUACUGUAUUUCUGUAGAGUGGAAACGGUGUUGUCGUUGCUGAUGUCUAAGUAAACAUUACCUCUCCUAAAACAA